UAGGACUGGAACUAAAGAAGCCUGCGAAAGGGCUAGCGGUCGGCCGAACAGGGAGCAUUUACCGCUUGACCAGGUGUCAAUAGCACAAUAAGGAGAAUUUGAAUGCCGACGGCAAAGAUACAUUUUUACAUCAAACCGUAAAGCUAUGCGCUACUGUCAUCCUCAAGAUUUGUUAUUUUUGUAUCUGUCUUGACUUGGCUGACUUCAGAGCCCUUGCAUGUUGGACGGAUUGAAUGUGACACAAGCCGUUAGCCACCACUCUUGUCCUGCCUGUGAGUCCGUCCCCUAAACCUGUCCCCCUGUUCUUGUCCGUCCCCUAACCCGGUCCCCAGUAUGAGUUCGUCUCCACUGGGUUCCCGUGGCAACAUGGACAUUCUGGAGGAGCUGCAGCUGAUCGCAGCACAGAACCUGGAGAGGUUAGAGGUCAACAAGUAUUAUGAGGUCAUCAGGGAGCUUGGCAAGGGCACUUACGGCAAGGUGGACCUGGUCAUACACAAGAUCAGAGGCACCAAGAUGGCCCUGAAGUUCCUGAGGAAGAAGACGACCAAGCUGAAGUCGUUCCUGAGGGAGUACAGCAUCUCUCUCUACCUUUCUCCCUGUCCCUUUAUUAUUAACAUGUUUGGGAUCGCCUUCGAGACUGACGACUACUAUGUGUUCGCCCAGGAGUAUGCCCUGUCCGGGGACCUCUUCGACAUCAUCCCUCCACAGGUGGGUCUCCCGGAGACGGUUGCUAAGCGCUGUGUGCACCAGGUUGCCAUCGCCCUGGACUACCUUCACUGUAAGAAGUUGGUGCACCGUGACGUCAAGCCCGAGAACAUCCUCAUCUUUGACCGCGAGUGCCGCAAGGUCAAACUGUCCGACUUCGGCAUGACGCGCCGCGCUGGCUCACCAGUCAAACGGGUGAGCGGUACCAUCCCCUACACGGCUCCGGAGCUGUGCGACACGUCUCGCCAUGAGGGCUUCUGCGUGGACUACAGCACGGAUGUGUGGGCCUUUGGCGUCCUCCUCUUCUGCAUGCUGACCGGUAACUUCCCCUGGGAGAAGGCCCUGCCCUCCGACUCCUUCUACCAGGAGUUCACACGCUGGCAGAGACGGCGCACGGGCACUGUGCCCUCGCAGUGGCGCCGCUUCACUGAGCAGGCCCUCCGCAUGUUCCGCAGGCUCCUCUCUGUGGAGCAGGACAGACGCUGCUCCGUCAAAGAGGUGUUUGGCUACUUCAGCCACAGCUGGAUGCUGGAUGGAGACAACGGGAGCAGUACAUCGUCCUCGUCUGGAGAAGAGGAUGAGGAGAUGCUGGUGGAGAGGAUGAAGCAGCAGACUCUGUCUCCUCUCUCUCCUCCGGUGUCUGUGGAGAGGGGCACUGGGGGGACAAAGGCAGGGAUAACGGAGUCAGGUGGAGGACACCAUUUUGUGUCUGUUUCUACCACCAGCUCUGUGCCCUCGACUAACAGCUAUGACCGCAUGCCCAGAGACAGCAACAGCAACCAGCCCCCCGGACGCAUACUGGUGGCUACGCCUAUAGAGAUCUGUGUCUGAGAUGUGUGACGGACCUGGGAAGGACUGAGAUACUGUGUACAGUACACAGACGUGCACACAGACACCUACACUCAUAUACACACACAUAUCCAUACAUUCAAAUCAGUGGAGGCUGCUGAGGGGAGAACGGCUCUUAAUAAUGUCUGGAAUGGAGUAAAUGGACUGGUAUCAACAACAUGGAUUUCAUGGGUUUGAUACUGUUCCAUUCACUCCAUUCCAGACAUUAUUAUGAGCAUUUUGCAAAGUGAAAAAGGAGCAACUCAAGACAUUGCUGAUGAUUCCCGUUGGGGUCUAAAAUGAUCCAGUCAGAGAUCUGUCAUUCGACAGACAACUAAUCUUUAUAGAGACUCAAUGAACUACAUACUGAACGAUCAGCCAACCAACCAACCGACCGACAGACCAACCAACCAUGGAGAGGUUGAAAAACACAUUGGUGAUAUGAAAUGCUGGUAUUCAGAUGAAGAUAUAAUAUAUUCAGAAGUGAUGUGCGGGAACCAUUUAUGACAAAAAGAGAUGGAGAAAAGAGAGGGAUGUUCUUUUGGUUGAAGCUGAUAGAAUUGCCGCCUCAAUGAAAUAAUAUCAUCACAAUUAAACAGCAGUUUUAUGUUUACUGUAAUGCAAUGUGAACUCUGGUACAAAGUGUGUAUGUGUGUACAGUACGUUUGUACGUGUGUGUGUACAGUACGUGUGUGUGUGCAGUACGUGUGUACGUGUGUGUGUACAGUACGUGUGUGUGUGCACAGUACGUGU